CUCUCUCUCUCUCAUUAUUAUUCGAAACGAAGGAUUCCACUUUCUCUCUCUCUAACCUCCCAGUCCCACCACUUUCUCUUUCCUACCAUCGAUCACUUCGCGAUCUCUCUUUCUCACUCUCCUCUGUUUUCGUUUUGGAUCAAGCGGAGGGACGAAGGUAGAGGAAGAGGAGAGAAAGCUCGCGAGCUUGGACUUCUACCAUGUCGUUCUCCCUCUCUGAUUCAGAUUCCUCCUCCUGUGGCGGCGACUACAAGAAUUUCAAGCAAAUCAGCCGUGACCGGCUAUUGCUUGAGAUGCUCCGGUCAGCCAAAACAGGAGACUCAAAAUCCACUUGGAAGGUACUUAUCAUGGACAAACUUACGGUAAAAAUAAUGUCUUACUCAUGCAAAAUGGCUGAUAUUACUGAAGAAGGUGUUUCAUUGGUGGAAGAUAUGUACAAGAGAAGGCAACCAUUACCCUCUAUGGAUGCUAUCUACUUCAUCCAGCCAACCAAAGAGAAUGUUAUCUUGUUCUUGUCAGACAUGUCUGGAAAAUCACCACUUUACAGGAAGGCAUUUGUAUUUUUCAGUUCACCUAUUUCAAAAGAAUUUGUUGCUCAUAUCAAGAAGGAUGCAACUGUUUUACCUCGAAUAGGUGCAUUGAGAGAGAUGAAUCUGGAGUAUUUUGCUAUAGACAGCCAGGGUUUCAUCACUAACAAUGAGAGGGCAUUAGAGGAACUAUUUGGAGAUGAGGAGGAUACACGGAAGGCCGUUGCCUGCCUGAAUGUGAUGGCUACUCGCAUUGCAACUGUUUUUGCUUCUUUGAGGGAAUUUCCUUCUGUGCGCUAUCGAGCUGCCAAGUCCCUUGAUGCAACAACUAUGACAACUUUUCGUGAUUUAAUUCCUACAAAGCUUGCUGCUGGAGUGUGGGACUGUAUCACAAAAUAUAAGAAGUCAAUUCCCAAUUUUCCAGAGUCAGAAACAUGCGAGUUGCUAAUCCUUGACAGAUCUGUAGAUCAGAUUGCUCCUGUCAUACAUGAAUGGACUUAUGAUGCUAUGUGUCAUGAUUUACUAAAUAUGGAAGGAAAUAAAUAUGUGCACGAGGUUCCUGGCAAAGCUGGUGGUCCACCUGAGAAGAAAGAGGUUCUUUUAGAGGAUCACGAUCCUAUCUGGCUUGAGCUUCGGCAUGCCCAUAUAGCCGAUGCUAGUGAACGGUUGCAUGAGAAAAUGACCAACUUCGUGUCAAAGAAUAAAGCUGCACAAAUGCACCAAGGUUCAAGAGAUGGAGGUGAACUUUCUACACGGGACUUGCAAAAGAUGGUUCAAGCAUUACCACAAUAUAGUGAACAAAUUGACAAGCUCUCCCUUCAUGUAGAGAUUGCAGGAAAAUUAAACAAGCUUAUCAGGGAGGUUGGACUUAUAGAGCUUGGAAAGCUAGAGCAGGAUCUUGUUUUUGGAGAUGCAGGAAUGAAAGAUGUAAUCAAAUAUUUGACUAUGAAGGAUGACACAACACGUGAAAAUAAGUUGCGCUUGUUGAUGAUUCUAGCAGCCAUUUAUCCAGAAAAAUUCGAGGGUGAGAAAGGUGUCAAUUUGAUGAAGCUGGCUAAAUUACCAUCUGAAGAUAUGAAUGCUGUGCAUAAUUUGAAGCUUCUUGGAGGAUCAACAGAUACCAAGAAAAGCUCAAUGAGUCCUUUCUCUUUGAAGUUUGACAUGCAUAAGAAAAAGCGCGUAGGCAGGAAAGAUCGCACUGGUGAAGAAGAAAAAACAUGGCAGCUUUCACGUUUCUAUCCCAUAAUAGAGGAGCUUAUUGAAAAACUUGGCAAAAAGGAACUGUCAAAAGAAGAUUAUCCAUGUUUAAAUGACCCAAGUCCAACUUUCCAUGGAACAUCGCACAGUUCAUCAAUACAACAACCAGUGGUUGCUCAUUCAAUGAGAUCGAGACGGACAGCAACAUGGGCUCGGCCUCGGAACUCUGAUGAUGGGUAUUCAAGUGACUCAGUACUGAGACAUGCAUCCAGUGAUUUCAAGAAGAUGGGUCAACGUAUUUUCGUAUUUAUUGUUGGUGGAGCUACUCGAUCAGAGCUAAGGGUUUGCCACAAGCUUACAAAUAAGCUGAAGAGAGAAGUGGUUCUAGGCUCUUCAAGCAUAGAUGAUCCUCCUCAAUUUUUAACAAAACUGAAGAUGUUGACAUUAAAUGAACUAUCUCUGGAUGAUCUACUGAUCUGAGGUUUGAAGUUGUGAAUUGGGGUGAAGCUGGAAAGAGUUAUUCUAUUGGGGGGUUUUGAUGGAAUUUGUAAUCAUAGAAAACAUUUAUCUCUUCAUUGUAUCAAAUGUUCUUGACAUAAAAAUAUAUUCUUGAGAUUUGUUGGCUCAUACCAUGCUGGUACAUUUUUUUGGAUGAGCCCUCAACCCUGUCUCAGGUUUCUGGGCUCUGUAUUAUAUUUGACAUGCGCCAAUGUCAGUGGGUGUGUGAAGUGUCCAUAAAUAUUAUUAACUUACACUGACUGAUUCAAAAGACCAUUUAAAACUGACCUACUUUAA